CUUCUUCCUCUUUCCGAGGGGUAGGGAAGGGAUAACUUCUCCAGCUUCGCCAUUGACAACAAUCUAUCCGCGAUUCAAUCAAAUACGUAGGAAACAGCAGCAGCAAGACCAGCAAUCGGCUCCUCGAGAACCAGCGAGGAGGAGGAUGAAGUCCUUCAAGAAGGAAUUCACCCUGGAGGAGAGGGCGAAUGAGUCGGCCGCCAUGAUCGCCAAGUACCCCGGCAGGAUCCCCGUGAUUGUUGAAAGGUUUUCGAGGAGUAAACUUCCAGAAAUGGAGAAGAGGAAGUACCUGGUUCCGUGUGACAUGCCAGUUGGGCAGUUCAUUUUCAUCCUGCGCUCCAGGUUACAUCUGUCUCCAGGGACGGCGCUUUUCGUGUUUGUGCGCAACACCUUGCCCCAGACCGCUAACCUGAUGGGUAGCGUGUAUGAUUCGUACAAAGAUAAGCAGGAUGGCUUCCUCUACAUGUGUUACAGCAGCGAGAAGACAUUUGGGUGACAUCUGCCUGACUGCAAUUCAGCGUAGUGCACCCAAUCCCAGUGUACAUAUGUGACAUCAGUCUCUUGUUAAAUGUUAAGUUGAUCAGUAGCAGCCUCUGCUACAAUCUCUAGUUUAUUUUACUUGCACGUUUCAUAUCUGUAUUGCUCCCGGCAAAAGAAAAAAAACCCUGUAUUGUUGUAUCACCGAAGUAAACUUAUUUCCCUGUGCAUGAUGCUGCUUGCGAAGUCCUUUGGCAAGGAUGGGCGUAUAUAUGAAUAGAAGUGUUGAUUGUGAUGAA